ACGCCCAACCAAACGGUUCAGUUGUAGAAGCACCUUGCUGACGCAGUUUUGCUCAUCGUUCAACUACAUCUACGUCCACUCAACCAAAGCGUCUCGCAAUGGCAGUCAGUCGAUUAUCCAUCGCGAAGUUCCUGGAGUUGGCACUGGCAAUCAUCUGUGUGAUCUUGCACUACAAAAGUCUUGGCGAGCGCGAUGACAUCACCAAGUUACUCACAGCUGGCUCAUUCGUCGGUUUCAGCGUGAUCCUGAUCGCGCUUUUCGCUGGCUACCUGCUGAGCAAUCCGAUCAACAAGAAGCUGGAUAUGUUCUUCAGCCUGAUCGGGUGCGCCAUGUUCAUCGCGUCAGGUGUGCUGAUCCUGAAGGAGUGGGAAAACGCGUGGAGCACCGACACGAAGAAGAUCGCCAUCUCAAAGGGUUCGUUGGCGAUUGUCAACGGUGUGCUGUUCUUUUUCGACGCCAUUUUCACGUUCCGUGAUUAAGUUCUCCUGGUCUUUCUGAAGACGCGCCAAUGCAGCUUCUGCAACACACCAACGAGCUAUGAUAUUCCGUAAUCUCAUACAUUAUGCUAUUCAUUACCAACCGUUAACCCAAACCCGCACCUCAUUGAAUGUAUGUUACGACAGUCGGCUUCAUUGGCUCUUAGGGCUUAGUUCGUUCAAUGUCAGACGAUUUGGCAUUUUAAUGCCAAUUGUGCGUCGACAGUACGCUUUUUGUACACCAAUUUGAUAACGUUAGAAGUGACCCUAGCAAUUGCUCGUCGCCGUCCAAACAAUUGCUUUUCAUCAUCCAGAACAUUUGAAGCUAUGUGCGCCGAUUUCCCACCAGGGUGAGUGCCUGCGUCAGGAUUGUUACGUGCUUGCACACAACAUUGCGUACAACGUAAGCACGUUGAGCUGAAGCUCGCAUCGGUUCGCCUUCGAAUCCUGACGUAGCACGAUUCCAGCCCAUUCACAAAAACCAACCCAUCGAAUCUCGAAACUCAACGUAAAUGACAAUUCAUCGAGAACAAAGGCGGCCGAGAUUAACGAGCAUGUUCAAAUCACUCUUUCGCUCUUAUACCUUGUAUCGGUAAGGAUGUAUACCUCAAUGUCUUCUACCUUAUGAACGUGUGCUAUUUUGAUAUCCGUGUAUACAAAUAAAUUGAUAUAAAAUGUAACUGUA